UAUUUUAUUCAUUUAUAUGUGCUGCUGAGAAUAGAACCCAUCGCCCCACACCUGCCAGGCAAGUGCGCUACUGCUGAGCCCCAGCCCAAGCCCCUGCCCAGUUCUUAAAUGACUUUUUGGUGGCUCUUGAGGCCUGGGGACGUCCUCUGCUUCCCCACCCUCUCUGAAUUCUGUGCCAUGGAGACCUGAGGCAAAGCGUUACUCAUGGGCUUAUCUCCCAUUUCUCCUGGUGAAAAGUUAUUCCAGGUCUCAUGAUUUUCUCCAUGAAAGGCCCUCUGUGUCCCAGAGAGAAGCAUUCUGAAAGAAGUUAUGAAGCAUUAUUAACACAAUUACAUAUAACAAAAGACAUAAUUUGAAUUCCCCACAUCUGACAAAGACAUUCAUGGGAGGCGGCAGGAACUCCAGCUGCCCGGGGAGAGCUCAUCCGAGUGGGUGCUGCAGGCGGGGAGUGUGGGCGACAGCUGAGCUGACUGCUUUGUCCCGGGGCACUGGGGCGCUUCUGUACAGGCUGGACCACACCUCUGUCCCCGCCAGGCCCCUCCCUGCCCUCCCCUCACGCCCACAGAGCUUCCCCAGCACUGGCAGGGCUCACCUGGCCCAGGAGACGGCAGGCCACACUGAGGGGACCAGAUAUAUAUAUAUUAUUAGUUGUUCAAAACAUUACAUAGCUCUUGACGUAUCAUAUAUAUUUUUCGUAUACUUUGUUCAACUUCUCUAGCCAUUAGGGAAAUGCAAAUUAAAACUACACUGAGAUUCCAUCUCACUCCAGCCAGAAUGGCAAUCAUCAAGAAUAUAAGUAACAAUGAAUUUUGGCGAGGAUAUGAAGGAAAUGAUACAUGUAUACAUUGCUGGUGGGACUGCAAAUUGGUGCAACCAGUAUAGAAAGUAGUGUGGAGAUUCCUCAGAAAACUUGGAAAGGAACCACUAUUUGACCCAGUUAGCCACUCCUUGGCAUAUACUCAAAGGAACUGAAAAUCGGCACACUACAGGGACACAGCCACAUCAAUGUUUCUAGCAGCUCAAUUCACAAUAGCUAAGCUAUGGAGCCAACCUAGAUGCCCUUCAACAGAUGAAUGGAUAAAGGAAAUGGGGUCUAUAUAUACAAUGGAAUAUUACUCAGCCAUAAAGAAGAAUGACUUUAUAGCACUUUCUGGUAAAUGGGUGGAACUGGAGACUAUCCUGCUGAGAGAAAUAAGCUAAUCCCCAAAAUGCAAAGACCAAAUGUUCUCUCUGAUAUGCAGAUACUAACACCCAAUAAGAGGAGGGUAGAAGUUCACUGCAAUAGACAAAGAGGAAUGAAGGGAAGGGAGGGAGAUGGGAAUGGGAAAGACAGUGGAAUGAAUGGGACAGAACCUUCCCAUGUUCAUAUGUGAACACACGACUAGGGAAACUCCACAUCAUGUCCAACCACAAGAAUGGGGAGUUAGACUCCAUGUAUGUGUAACAGGUCAACAUACACUCUACUGUUAUAUGUAUCUAAAAAGAACAAAUAAGAAAUAAUAGAUAAAAGAACCAUCAAUUAUAGGCAAUAAAAGUGACCAGGGAAAUAUUCAGGGGAGAGCAGAGCAGUGAUGGCCAUCCUAGUGAACUUCUCUCACUUCAUUCAAAAUGAUCAGAAACAGCUGCUUAUUUAUUGGGCAUGUGACGUUGUGUCGUUUGUCGCCAUAGUGCCAUUUGAUAUUUGUGCUUUCUCUUAUAUUUGUAGUAGGUAAGCUCAGCUAAAGCAGAGGCUAUGGGAAACACCCAGUUCUCGAUCUGUGUGUGCCAUGGUGUGUGUUUACUAAGUAUUUAUUUGGGGGAGGGAAUGGGACAGAUAAGGUCAUGGAAGGCGUCACAAGUUAACUUACUUGCCCAAGGUCAGUUUGCCUGCUGAAUAAAGUCAGCAUCCAGACCCGGGGCUGGCCAGGCACGGUGGUGCACGCCUGUAAUCCCAGUAACUCAGGAGGCUGAGGCAGGAGGACCACAGAUUCAAGGCCGGCCUCAGCAAUUUAGUGAGGCCCUAAGCAACUUAGUGCUAAAAUCCUGGUGUAAAGUUGGAAAAAAGUCCCUUCUCCACCCAACCUGUUUUCUGAUCCGUCAGGUCUUUCAAAUGAGUGCCAUCUGGGAGUCUGAGGGUCCCCCCUGGCCCCUGGGCAGGCUGAUGGUCUUCAUCUCCCCAGUGGCUUGGAAUUGGGGCAAGGGGCUUGGAGGAUGGUGACCCACUCACACGUGCACGGGAGGAAAGAGGGGACCCCUAACUCAUAGGUGCUGUGGUGCCAGGUCCCCAAACCCUGAAGCGAAAGUAGAAGAGAGAAGACCAAAGUGCAGCAUUGGAAGGUCUCACACAGCUUUGAUUCUUAAAGAGACAGAGGGCUCGGAUUCCUCUCUCGGGCUGGUGCAUUUUAUAAUCUGAAACAGGCGCCUGGGCUGAUAACUGUGCCCAGCUCUGAUCCCUGGCACAUCAGAGAACUGCUUUUGAGAGGAAAAAAAAGAAAGAAAGAAAGAAAAAAAAAAAAAAACAGGCGUGUGUCUUUAAAGCCUCUCCUUUUUAAAUGUGAUUUUUUCCGUGCUCCUUUGGAGGCUGCAAAGCUGGGCCUCUGCACAGCCGUCCCCCCCUCCCGGCGGCGGCAGGGGGAUUAUUGAUUUGGAAGGCGAGGCUAAUUUACAUGUAAAUAAAUCUCAGCCCUGGGCAGCAGCGGGGCUGGGACGGCCAGAUGCCGUGACUGACUUGCUGACAUCACGGCCUCAUUAGCAUGCGGAGGAUGCUGGCUCGGCCACAGCGACUUCUCGGGCUCUCGCCAGCCACUCUGCCGACAGUUAUUAUUAUUCUUUUGGCCUGAGCUGCACAUUUCCUGGUUCAGUGCCUGGGGCUUUGCGCGAGCAGCUGACUGGUCUCCGGGGUCUGGCUCGGGAUCUGUGGGUGACAGCCGCGGCCAGGGUCUGUGACUUCCUUCAGCUCCUCCUGAAGAAGGGGAAGUUCAGAGCAAUCUGAGGAUCUCAGGCGAUCAGAGAGCUCCGGGGGGGGGGGGGACCCGGAGGAAAGGCAGAAGGCACACUUUGCCCCCUGCUUGGUGGGUCCCCCAGCAGGGUCUGCAGCCAGCGAUGGUGACAUGGUGACGGUGUUUUUCUCCAAGGGAGUGCAUACACAUAGAAGGGCUCUGGCUUGAGCCCGCUGCCGGCUUGGCUCGGGAAGGGCUCAGAUGGGCCAAGGCUUUGGAGGAGAAGAAGAUGCUUUGGCUUGCUGAGGUCCUGCCUGCCUUCCUAGAAACCAGAUCCAGGCAGAAAGUGAACUGGCUCAAUUGAGGAGCGCCGGGGAUCGGGUCGGAAGCUUCCUUGGAGACUGGAGCAUCUCGGCUUCCCUGGAGGAAGAUCUGCCUGCACUGCAAGUGUCCCCAGGAGGAGCACAUGGUGACAGUGAUGCCCCUGGAGAUGGAGAAGACCAUCAGCAAACUCAUGUUCGACUUCCAGAGGAACUCCACGUCGGACGACGACUCGGGCUGCGCCCUGGAGGAGUACGCCUGGGUGCCCCCAGGGCUGAAGCCCGAGCAGGUGCACCAAUAUUACAGCUGCCUGCCAGAAGAGAAAGUCCCCUAUGUCAACAGCCCCGGAGAGAAACUGCGAAUCAAGCAGCUGCUGCACCAGCUCCCGCCACAUGACAAUGAGGUUCGAUACUGCAACUCCCUGGAUGAGGAAGAGAAGAGGGAGCUUAAGUUGUUCAGCAACCAGAGGAAACGUGAAAACCUGGGCAGAGGGAAUGUCAGGCCCUUCCCUGUCACCAUGACAGGGGCCAUUUGUGAGCAGUGCGGAGGCCAGAUUAAUGGCGGGGACAUCGCCGUGUUCGCCUCGCGCGCCGGCCACGGGGUUUGCUGGCACCCGCCAUGCUUCAUCUGCACCGUCUGCAAUGAGCUCCUGGUGGAUCUGAUCUACUUCUACCAAGACGGGAAGAUCUACUGCGGCCGGCACCAUGCCGAGUGCCUGAAGCCACGCUGUGCAGCCUGCGAUGAGAUCAUCUUUGCAGAUGAAUGCACGGAAGCAGAGGGGCGGCACUGGCACAUGAAACACUUUUGCUGCUUCGAGUGCGAGACGGUGCUGGGCGGCCAGCGCUACAUCAUGAAGGAGGGGAGGCCCUACUGUUGCCACUGCUUCGAGUCCUUGUAUGCGGAAUAUUGUGACACCUGUGCCCAACAUAUAGGGAUCGACCAAGGUCAGAUGACCUACGACGGGCAGCACUGGCACGCCACCGAGACCUGUUUCUGCUGUGCUCACUGCAAGAAGUCCCUCCUGGGGCGGCCAUUCCUCCCGAAGCAGGGCCAGAUCUUCUGCUCCAGGGCCUGCAGCGCCGGGGAGGACCCCAACGGCUCCGACUCGUCGGAUUCCGCCUUCCAGAACGCCCGAGCCAAGGAGUCCCGGCGCAGCGCCAAGAUCGGCAAGAAUAAGGGCAAGACGGAGGAGGCCAUGCUGAACCAGCACAGCCAGCUGCAGGUGAGCUCCAACCGGCUGUCGGCCGACGUGGACCCCCUGUCGCUGCAGAUGGACCUGCUCAGCCUGUCCAGCCAGACGCCCAGCCUCAACCGGGACCCCAUUUGGAGGAGCCGAGAUGAGCCCUACCAUUACGGGAACAAGAUGGAGCAGAACCAGGCCCAGAGCCCCUUGCAGCUGCUGAGCCAGUGCAACAUCAGGACUUCCUACAGUCCGGGGGGACAGGCGGCCGGCGCCCAGCCCGACAUGUGGCCCAAGCACUUCAACAACCCCAAGAGGAGCUCGUCCAUGGCCAUGAAGGGACACGGCGGCAGCUUCAUCAAGGACUGCCGGGAGGACUAUUACCCAGGGAGGCUCAGGUCCCAGGAGAGCUACAGUGACAUGUCCAGUCAAAGCUUCAGUGAGCCCCGAGGCAGCAUCCAAGUCCCCAAGUACGAGGAGGAGGAGGAAGAGGAGGAGGAGGAGGAGGGCGGCGGCGGCCUGUCGGCUCAGCAGUGUCGGCCCCGCCAUCCCAUCAGCUCCCUGAAAUACACGGAGGACAUGACGCCCACCGAGCAGACCCCCCGCGGCUCCAUGGAGUCCCUAGCCCUGUCCAACGCCACAGGCCUCUCUGCCGAAGGUGGCGCCAAACGCCAGGAGCACCUGUCCCGGUUUUCCAUGCCCGACCUCAGCAAGGACUCGGGCAUGAACGUGUCGGAGAAGCUGAGCAACAUGGGCACGCUCAACUCGUCCAUGCAGUUCCGCAGCGCAGAGUCGGUGCGCAGCCUGCUGUCCGCCCAGCAGUACCAGGAGAUGGAGGGCAGCCUCCACCAGCUCGGCAACCCCAUCGGGUACCGAGACCUGCAGUCCCACGGGAGGAUGCACCAGAGCUUCGACUUCGAUGGCGGCCUCGCGGGCAGCAAGCUGGCGGGCCAGGACGCGGUGCGGGCGCAGCCCCUGAGCGAACGCACCCGCAGGAGGACUACCCCGCGCGACGACCACCGGCGCUUCCGUCCCCACCGCUCCCGGCGAUCCCGCCGCUCCCGCUCGGACAACGCCCUCCACCUGGCCAGCGACCGCGAGGCCAUGUCGCGAUUGAAAGAAAGGCCCUCCCUGAGAGCCCGCGAGGACUACGACCAGUUCGUGCGCCAGCGGAGCUUCCAGGAGAGCCUGGGGCAGGGGCCCCGGAGGGACCUGUACGGCCAGUGCCCGAGGACUGUCUCGGACCUGGCUUUGCAGAAUGCGUUUGGGGAGCGCUGGGGACCCUACUUCACCGAGUACGACUGGUGUUCCACCUGCUCCUCAUCCUCCGAGUCUGACAACGAGGGCUACUUCCUAGGAGAACCCAUCCCCCAGCCAGCCCGCCUGCGGUAUGUCACCAGUGACGAGCUGCUGCACAAAUACAGCUCCUACGGCGGCGUCCCCAAAUCCUCCUCCACGUUGGGGGGCAGAGGACAGCUGCAUAGCAGGAAAAGACAGAAGAGCAAAAACUGUAUCAUUUCGUAAUAGGAUGGGGGUCGGAGGGAACGGGGGCGAUGGGAACCAAGAAUGUACAUUCAGAAACUUGCACUGUUUUCGAUUUUAAAGCGCUUUGGGGGUGGGGGUGGUUCGUGGGGGGAGAAAAAGGGAGCGUUCUCAGCUGGAGGCAAGGUUACAGAUGGACUCAAUAGGUAGUCACAGUUCUUAGCAUGUUGAAUAUCAUGUGCCCAUUUCACGUUGGAAACACAGUAGAGUCUAUGGAGGCCCUUUCCCAUCAGUCAUGUGUUCAGUGGCUGCUUACGAGGUGACAAACCCUUUCCUGCUCGCUUAUUUCCUCUCUGGUACUCUUACUUUUAGGACUCCCCCCCCCCCUUUUUUUCUUUUUCAGUAAGUAAUUUGUUUAUUAGCCAAGACCCAAGACUAAGUUAUUUACAUGUCCAUUGUAAAUGCAUUGUAAAUGAGAGUUCUGAUAAAAUAUUUUUGUAUUUUGUAAUAUCAAAGGAAUUUCUAUAUGGUAGGACUCCGUGGGGUCUUUGCAUGCUCAUCUGGCCUUGUCUUUGAGUAGUAUUACAAGGUGGCCCAGGACCACCCCCUUUUUUUUUUUUCCUAUACAAAUUUGUUAUAUGUCAGUGAGACCUUUUUUCAAAGGAGUGUAUUCAAUCUGGCUUUUUGUGGCUGAAAAAAAAAAUUUUACCCAAAGUAUUUUAUGCUCCAUUUCAUCUUAAGGAGCCAUCCUUAAGCCCGCUCCCAACCUUGGUAGGAUUUGUUCUCUACAAAGUGAUAGUAAUUUUUUUUUCUUAAUUGCAAAUGUAACUUUUGCCGAUUUAAUCAACCAGUGUCAGUCAAGUUGCGUGAGAAAUGCCAUCCCUUACCCGGGAACAUUGAAGUUGCUUAAUAUUGAUCUAUCCCUCGGGAAAAAUUAAAGUGACCGUGAGUGGUGGUGCCGUUGUGUGCUGUCAGCAUGACAUUGUUCUGAAUGUGGCAUUAUUUUUCUGGUGCUCCUGUUUCCUGGAUCGUUGUAUCUGCUUUCCUUUCCCAAGGCAGACAGAGCUGCUGCCAUCGCCUGACAACCGGUUGUCCUCAGAGCAAAUGAACUUAAACUUAAGCGUUUAGAUUCGAGGGAUGGGAUGGUUCUGAGGGGCUCUGGGAGCCAGGGUGUGUUGGAUGUUAUGCUGGAGGAAGGAACAAAGCUGUUUGAGGACAGGAAGGUCAAGGUCAAGGUUAAGGUAGGAGGGGAAGAAGAAGUAAGUAUAUGAAAGAAGGACUUCCGCAGAGGAAAUGGAGGAACAGUCCCCUUGUGCUUGCAGAGAGAAGCUGGUUCCCAAGCGUAGUAACCUGAGUUCCCCAGGAAGGUCCAGCUGCUGAGAUUUCAGGGUCAUGACUUGGGGGGGGAAAAAAAACAGACUUUGUUGAAAGAGAGAUUCCCAUUUUGAACUUGGAGGGCUGUGGGUCAGACAGAAAGUGGGCUCAGAAGUAAGUUUGCUUCAAGAAGACAUUUCACGGUUGUGCUGUUUAUAUAGUAAAAUAAAACUUCCUGCCUUGCUUCAGUUAAAAAUGAAGCACUUUUGCUCUUUCGUCCAUUCUCCUCCACUCAGUGGAUUGUGGCCAUCAAAGUGACCCAUUGGAGGACCCACCUUUACUGAGACGUACUGUCCAUUUAGUACCUGGUGUGUGUGUCUCCAUGGCCAUCUGCCAUGGUGACGUGAGCGUGGUGGUCUCUUUGCUGUCGUAGUUAACAUUUUCUAAUAUUUUUAAUGGAGAGAAUGUGAACCACCAUGGCUUCUCAGACACCAUCCCACGUGGGUCUGGGGUGGUGGGGAAGGAAGGCUGUAAAGGGCGUGGUCAUGGCAGUCCAUUCAGGAUGGAUUAAAAAAUAAUUUGCUUUUCAGGUAUUAAUAAGACAUUUGUCAUUGUCACUGAUUUUUUUAAAAAAGAGCAAUGCAAAUGUUGGUUGUGGCUGUUUUUCCGCAUGCUAUCUUCAUAUCUAAAUGCUUCAUUAAUUAUCCGAGCCUCUGGAGAAUUAACUCUAUUAACGUUUGUAUAGUAAGUUUGUAAACUGCUUGGCAAACUGAUUAAGAAAUAAUGUACAAUACCACACUACUUAAAGUGGUAGGUUUCUGGUAGAAAUUGGGUGAGUCCCAUUUGGAGUUUGGAGUUCCUUGAUUGAUCAGAAUAAAAAUGCAUUUGUUGGGGGGAAAAUAAAAAGAAGAGAGGAAAAGCAGA